CAGAUGGCGCAUCAAGGUGAGUCAAAAGUGUAUUUAUAAAUUCGCUAUUAAUUUCUUGUGUUUAUCGUUUGGUUUACGGUCGUUCCUUAGAAGGUUUCGCUUGUUUAGUUACGUGACAGUGUUUGUUAUUAAUUAGUUUAAGGAAAAACAUCAAAAAUGCCGGUUUUCCACACAAAAACAAUCGAAUCUAUUUUGGAGCCCGUUGCACAACAGGUUUCGAAACUUGUCAUUUUGCACGAAGAAGCCGAAGAUGGGAUCCCUAUGCCCGAUUUGGAGCAACCCGUGCGGAGUGUCUCAAACGCGGUCUCGAAUCUGGUCAAAGUCGGACGUGAGACAAUCAACAGCUCCGAUGACCCCAUUUUGCGCCAGGACAUGCCCGCGGCGCUGGUCCGCGUCGAACGCUCCUCGAAACUCCUGGAAGAGGCAAGCAGUAUGCUUAAAUCCGACCCUUACUCGUCCCCGGCCCGAAAACGGCUAAUCGAGGGCAGUGGGGGCAUUCUACAAGCCACUUCGGCCCUUCUCCUAUGCUUCGACGAGUCAGAAGUGAGGAAAAUCAUAAGGGAGUGCCACCGGGUGCUUGACUACCUCGCCGUAGCCGAAGUUAUCGAAACUUUGGACGAAUUGGUGCAGUUUUUGCGCGACUUGAGCCCCUGUCUCAGUAAAGUCAGUCGCGAAGUGAGCGCUAGAGAGAAAGAAUUGACCCAUCAAGUCCACUCGGAGAUUCUAGUCCGAUGUCUGGACCAAGUCAAAACUCUAGCCCCAAUUCUCAUCUGCUCCAUGAAAAUCUACAUUCAGAUUGUGUCACAAGGGGGCAAACGCGUCGAAGAAGCCAUCGAAAACCGCAAUUAUUUAGCCCAGAGAAUGACCGAUGAAAUCAACGAAAUUAUCCGAGUUUUGCAACUAACGAGUUAUGACGAGGAACAGUCCGAUUUAGACAAUUUAACAGUUUUAAAAAAGUUGCAGAACGCAAUUCAGAAUAAGAUAAACACUGCCAAUGACUGGCUUUUGGACCCCAAUGCCGUACGUGGGGGUAUUGGGGAGAAAAGUCUCCGACAGAUUAUUGAAGCGGCCCAAAAAGUAGCCGAGCGAUGUCUUCCUCAAGACGCCCGCAAUAUUAACAAAUUGUGUUCGGAGUUGAACACCAUGACUGAUGCCCUUUGUGAGUUGAGACAGGACGGGAAAGGGGCCACUCCACAAGCCGAGUCUUUGGCGCGUGGUAUUAAAGAGAAGUUGGGGAAUUUGCAACAAGCUGUGUUGAACGCUGUCGUGGCUGUGGAUAAGGCAGGGUUGCAACAGACGGCACAUACGGUUCAAGGGAGGUUGGAGCAGGCGAGGAAAUGGUUGUCGAAUCCAGGACAUGACGAUAAGGGCCUAGGGAAGAGGGCUAUUGCGUUGAUUGUCGAGGAAGGAAGGAAGGUCGCUGAUGGCCUCCCUGGGGUGCAAAAAGCGGAAAUCUUGCAACUGUGCGACGAAGUCGACGCUCUUUCCAACCAACUCGCCAACUUGUGCGCCCAAGGCAAAGGCAACACCCCCGAAGCGCAAGAAAUCGCUCGUAAACUCUCCCAAAAACUCCACGAAUUAAAAGAACGCAUCAAUCAAGCAGUAGUAAAUCGAGUAGUUGAAGAUUUCAUCGACAUUGUCACCCCUUUGAAACAAUUCACUGAUGCUGUUCUAGCACCCGAAGGUACGCCCAAUCGUGAUCAGAAUUUCGCCGACAAGGCUGCCAACCUACAACAAUUUACCAACCGUGCCGUCAAAACCGCUCGAAUGGUAGCAGCUGGCGGCAGUAGUGGUAAUAAGAAACUCGCCGAAGCUUUACAAAGUGCCUCUAAUCAAGUGGAGAGUUUAACACCGCAACUUGUCUCUGCGGGAAGUAUUCGAAUGAAUUAUCCGACAAGUAAGGCAGCAGAUGAGCAUUUUGAGAAUUUGAGACAACAAUAUGCUGAUACCGUGACGAAAAUGAGGAAUUUGUGCGAUGAAGCGACCGAUUCGGGUGAUUUUAUUAAAGCAUCAGAGGAGCAGAUGAGGAAACAUACGUUUUUGUGUGAGGAGGCGAUUAAAAAUAGACAGCCACAGAAAAUGGUAGAUAAUACAUCGGCGAUUGCGAGAUUGGCCAAUAGGGUGUUGUUGGUGGCGAAACAAGAGAGUGACAAUUCGGAAGAUCCGAGUUUUAUCGAUGAUGUUAAUCGGGCAUCAGAUGCCCUUCAAGGGUCAAUACCACCGAUGGUGCAAGAUGCCAAGUCAGUGGCGGUUAAUCCGGCAGAUGGAGCCGCUGUAUCCAGAUGGAGGGACUCCAAUAAAGCGUUAUUGAAUGCUGUGGGUGACGUCCGCAAAGCUGUGCAAAUCAACCCUGAACUGCCCCCACUUCCGGAUAUAAACUCAUUGAAUCUUGAACCCGCCCCCAACAGUCUAUUUAUUGAUAAAGUUGGCGAACCGCUAAGAAACACACCGACACCCGGUCGUGAUCCGGGGGCACUCAGUCCAACCCCUCAUCAACACGGACGCGUCAGUCCAUUACCGAAAUGGGCAAGAGGGGAUAAUUCCGACUUGCUCUGUCAAGAACUUAUCCCUAGCGUAGAUCGUGAACCAGGAUAUUGCAGUUUUAUCCCGGAAUAUAUUUUAGAAGACGAUAUGGCUCCGCCCAGACCACCAUUGCCUCAUGAUGGAGCACCAAUGCGUCCGCCACCACCACCACCGGAAACCGAUGAUGAAGAUGAUGUAUUUAGACACGCCCCUAGUUCCACCCAACCGAUUAUGGUCGCCGCCCAUAAUCUACAUCGGGAGGUGCGUCAAUGGUCGGCUAAAGACAACGAAUUGAUUGCUGCAGCUAAGAGAAUGGCUGUUUUGAUGGCCCAUCUUUCUGAAUUGGUUCAUAAUGAUGAUAAGGGUAGUAAACGUGAACUUAUAGCAACGGCUAAAGCUAUAGCUGAUGCUAGUAAUGACGUCACGAGAAUUGCUAAACAAUUGGCGAGGGAGUGUACGGAUAAGAGGAUUCGUACGAAUUUGCUACAGGUGUGUGAGAGGAUUCCCACUAUUGCUACGCAAUUGAAGAUUUUGAGUACGGUGAAGGCCACCAUGUUGGGAGCGCAAGGUUCGGAGGAAGAUCGCGAAGCAACGGAAAUGUUGGAGGGUAACGCCCAGAAUCUCAUGCAAAGCGUAAAAGAGACAGUCCGAGCAGCAGAGAGUGCCAGCGUCAAGAUUCACGCCCAGACCCAUGGUAAAUUGAGAUGGGUACGAAGACAACCAUGGUACGCCUAUGCUUAGACAAUUUACGAAAGAAAAAAAUGUAAAUUGGUUGUUUGAUUUCAACGAUAUUGUGUUCAUUUUAUUUUUAAUAAGUCUAACUAACGAAGAUGUUACGAAACUGUAAAAUUAUGAUUGGUUAUUAAUUCUCACAAACACAAUAGAACACAAUCAAUCUCUAUUUUGUGUCUAUCUAGUGAUAGGAAAACUUGCCUUAGUGGAAUGUAUCUAUAAUAGUUAUUUUUCUAUGCUUUAUUAUAAAAAUAUAUACAUACUAUUAUAUAAUAAUAGGAAUAAUAUUUAUACACAAGUGCAAUAGUGCCAAAUUUUAUGUUAAGUAUAGCCAUGUCUGUUAUUAUUUAAAAGUACAAAUUCUUGAGGCAAUAUCCCAUGGCUUGAACUUGUUGAAAAUGUGCUUAAAUUUAUAUUGCGCUAAAUGUUUUUAUUUAAUAUUAUUAAUUUUUUAACUAUGUAUUUUAUUUGUACUUGGAAUGAAUUUUGUGUAACAAAUUAAUAAAAAUUGUUUAUAC